AUGGCUCGUCUGAUAAACGAAGAAGAGAAGAAGGUCAAUCCUAUCUUAGACGUUAAGUCCAACGAUCAAGUCGACUUGGAGGCAAAUGAAGUUUCUCAAGAAUACUCCGACGAUAAUACUUCUACUCAAGCUGGAUGGAAGGCAAAGUUGAAAAGCAAAGUCCCACACUCCAGAUUGAUUAUUCAUAUAUUAAUUGGGAUGCUCUUCACAGGCUGGUGGUUAGCAAUUGUUAUUCAGGAUAAACAAAGACACAAAUGGUUGAUUCCAACCGUAAUUUACGGGAUGAUCAUGGUCAGAUUAAUAACAUGGCAUUGGAAAAUCUUACCUGUUAUCAUGCGGUACGUAUUCGCUAUCUGGAGUAAAGCAACUGACAUUGUGAAAAAUAAGCUUCUUAAAUCUGAUCUUCUUAAGAUUAGUGCGGGUGUGGUUGUGGUUGUGGGUGCUAUUGCCUUAGGAGUUUUCAUUCCAUCUGAAACCUCUUACUCAAAGAGAAAGGAUAGAGUAGUUUCGUUUGCAGGAUUGUUCUUUUUCAUAUUCCUAAUGUUCUUAUCUUCCAAACACAAGUCUAAGAUUCAAUGGAGAACAAUCUUAGUUGCUGUAUUACUUCAAUAUAUCAUUGCUUUGUUUGUGUUGAGAACUAAAGCCGGUUACGACAUCUUCAAGUUCAUUUCCGAUUUGGCUAGACAAUUGUUGUCUAGGGCAAAGGAUGGUGUGGCCUUCUUAACGAAUCUGAAAGUUGCCAACUUGGGUAUGUUCUUCUUUGGUGUAUUGCCAGCUGUGAUUUUCUUUGUGGCCGUUGUUCAUAUCGUUUCUUAUUAUGGUGCCAUUCAAUGGGCUAUCAUUAAGUUUGCCAAAUUCUUCUUCUGGGCUUUAGGAAUUUCUGGUGCUGAAUCAAUUACUACAGCUGCAUCUCCUUUCAUUGGUAUGGGUGAAUCUGCUAUUUUGAUUAAAGAUUUCUUACCAUACUUGACAAAGGCUGAAUUACAUCAAAUCAUGACUGCUGGGUUCGCUACCAUUUCCGGUUCCGUCUUGGUUGGUUACAUUGGUUUGGGUUUGAAUGCACAAGCUUUAGUUUCUUCUUGUGUCAUGUCUAUCCCUGCUUCCGUUUGUACUUCAAAGUUAAGGUAUCCUGAAACAGAGGAGCCUUUAACCGCUAAAACCGUCGAGUUCCCACCUAAAGAUGAAAAUGAAGAAGUGUCAGAAAAUGUUUUGCAAGAAUUUUCUAAAGGUGCUACCUUAGGUUUGGAAAUUGCAAAGUCUAUGAUGACCCAAUGUUUGUGUAUUAUUGGUUUGGUCUACUUGAUCAAUGCUAUUUUGACUUGGUGGGGUAGCUUUUUGAACAUUCCAAGUUUGACAUUGGAAUUGUUAUUCUCUUACUUGUUUUACCCAUUAACAUUCUUUUUGGGUCCUCCAAGGGAAGAAAUUUGGAAGAUCUCCAAGUUAAUUGCGACUAAGUUUGUUCAAAAUGAGUAUGUUGCUUACAGUAUGUUGAAGUCUGAUGACAGAUAUGCUAAUUUAUCUGACAGAGGUGUUUUGAUUGCCACUUAUGCUUUAUGUGGGUUUGCAAAUUUCGGUUCGGUUGGUAUCACUUUGGGUGUAUUCAACACUUUAACGAAGGGUAAGAGAACAAAAGAUGUUGCUGAAAAUUGCAUUUCCGCAUUACUUACUGGCUUUAUGGCCACAAUGAUGUCUGCGUGCAUUGCUGGGAUGGUUGCUCAUGAUUUGAGUAUGUUCAGCAAGAAUUAA